CAUGUCGUGUUAGAAGACGGGCUAUGGAGGAAAAUAAAACAGAGACUGUGAGUUUUAUGGGUGGGAUUGCAAUUUUAAGUGGCAUGGUCAAGGAAGGCCUUACUGAGAUGCCCCUUCAGCAUUGGUCUGAAGGAGGAGGGGGACCGAGUCGUUCAGCUGGAGGACAAGAACUCUAGGAAGAAAGAACUGAGGCAGCAUGGCACCUAACACACCCCACGUGUGCAGGGAACAGGGUGGACAUGGUAGAGCCGGUGGCUGAGGUGAAUGGUGUGGGAAUGGAUCUAACACACCCCACGUGUGCAGGGAACAGGGUGGAUGUGGUGGAGCAGAUGGCUGAGGGGAAUGGUGUGGGAAUGGAUCUAACACACCCCAUGUGUGCAGGGAACAGGGUGGAUGUGGUAGAGCAGAUGGCUGAGGGGAAUGGUGUGGGAAUGGAUCUAACACACCCCAUGUGUGCAGGGAACAGGGUGGAUGUGGUAGAGCAGGUGGCUGAAGGGGCAGGGAACAGGGUGGAUGUGGUAGAGCAGAUGGCUGAGGGGAAUGGUGUGGGAAUGGAUCUAACACACCCCACGUGUGCAGGGAACAGGGUGGACGUGGCAGAGCCGGUGGCUGAGGGGAAUGGUGUGGGAAUGAAUCUAACACACCCCAUGUGUGCAGGGAACAGGGUGGAUGUGGUAGAGCAGGUGGCUGAGGGGAAUGGUGUGGGAAUGCAUCCAAUACGGCCUUGAAGGCAGCUAAAGGGGCUGCAGCUUUUUUCUUUGAGUGGGACGGGAAACCCACUGGAGGCCUUUACCUGAGGUAUGACAUAGAGUGAUCUAAGGUUUAACAAAAUGGAGAUUCCACGAGGGGAGCAAGGGUGAAAGCUGAAGGUCAGGUAUGAGCCGGGAGCUGAUGCUGCCACCCUGUACUGGGGUGGUGGUAGCAGAGGUGACAAGAAGGAUCAGUCUAGAUAUUUUGAAGGUGGAACCCAGACAAUUUGCUGACCUGGGUUCCAGCCUACACUUGGUCAUUCAUGAGCAGAUACAGGCCAUUUCUAAGAAGAUCCACCGUCUUCAUGGGCACAAUGGGGAAAACAGUAUCUGUCUUAAUAUUUCCCAGGAUUAUUGUAUUUAUCAAACAUAAAAAAGUCAGUACUCUUUGUAAAACUCCAAAGUCACACACAAAUAAUAAAGAGCACCAUUUAUUGAGCACUCUACAUCCAUGUUUUCAUUUAACUUCUUAUCAAUCCUAUGUAAUGGAUCUUACUAUCUAUUUUAGAGACGAGUGAAGCAAAACACAGAGAGCUGAGUUAUAACUUACCCACGGCCGCACAGUUCAUACCCCUGGGGUCAGCAUUCAAGCCACAGCUUUCCAACCUGCGCUCUUGGCCACUCUGACACAUCAGUUCCCUCUUAUUAUUCCUCGAAGGUGGUGACUUUGCACAGGACGCUUACAUAGAAAUGUUAGCAUGCCUUGAAGCAACUGGCCUGAAGAGCAUCUUUCCUGUUGCCAUCUGAUCAUGCUUGAGGAGAAUGUAUACCCAAGCAUCUAUGUACCCACAUGUCCAAGUGUGCAGGAGAGAGUGAGCUGCAUUUGUUGAGGUUAUUACGUGUGGGAGGAUGCUUUGUACAGAUAACCUUAGCCUGGCUCCUGCCAAAUACCUUCCUUCCCAUUCUCCUACAAUUUCACCCCACUCUCUAGUUGUGUCAUAGGCUGGCUGAUGGUUUUUCUCUUUUUUCCCUCCUCGUGACCCAUGGGUAGAACACUGUAUGGAGUUCCAGAAGACCAACGGCUCCUUGAAUGGUACCUCUGAGAAUGGCACCUCUCCUGUCAUCGAGUUCUGGGAGCGGCGGGUCUUGAAGAUCUCUGAUGGGAUCCAGCACCUGGGGGCCCUGCGCUGGGAGCUGGCUCUGUGCCUCCUGCUGGCCUGGGUCAUCUGCUACUUCUGCAUCUGGAAGGGGGUGAAGUCCACAGGCAAGGUGGUGUACUUCACGGCCACAUUUCCUUACCUCAUGCUGGUGGUCCUGUUAAUUCGAGGGGUGACAUUGCCUGGGGCAGCCCAAGGAAUUCAGUUUUACCUGUACCCAAACCUCACACGUCUGUGGGAUCCCCAGGUGUGGAUGGAUGCAGGCACCCAGAUAUUCUUCUCCUUCGCCAUCUGUCUUGGGUGCCUGACAGCCCUGGGCAGCUACAACAAGUACCACAACAACUGCUACAGGGACUGCAUCGCCCUCUGCUUCCUCAACAGCGGCACCAGCUUUGUGGCCGGGUUUGCCAUCUUCUCCAUCCUGGGCUUCAUGUCUCAGGAGCAGGGGGUGCCCAUUUCUGAGGUGGCCGAGUCAGGCCCUGGCCUGGCUUUCAUCGCUUACCCGCGGGCCGUGGUGAUGCUGCCCUUCUCUCCUCUCUGGGCCUGCUGUUUCUUCUUCAUGGUCGUUCUCCUGGGACUGGAUAGCCAGUUUGUGUGUGUAGAAAGCCUGGUGACAGCGCUGGUGGACAUGUACCCUCACGUGUUCCGCAAGAAGAACCGGAGGGAAGUCCUCAUCCUUGGAGUAUCUGUCGUCUCCUUCCUUGUGGGGCUGAUCAUGCUCACAGAGGGCGGAAUGUACGUGUUCCAGCUCUUUGACUACUAUGCAGCCAGUGGCAUGUGCCUCCUGUUCGUGGCCAUCUUUGAGUCCCUCUGUGUGGCUUGGGUUUACGGAGCCAGGCGCUUCUACGACAACAUCGAAGACAUGAUUGGGUACAGGCCAUGGCCUCUUAUCAAGUACUGCUGGCUCUUCCUCACACCAGCUGUGUGCACAGCCACCUUCCUUUUCUCCCUGAUCAAGUACACUCCGCUGACCUACAACAAGAAGUACACGUACCCAUGGUGGGGCGAUGCCCUGGGCUGGCUCCUGGCUUUGUCCUCCAUGGUCUGCAUUCCUGCCUGGAGCCUCUACAGACUCGGAACCCUCAAGGGCCCCUUCAGAGAGAGAAUCCGUCAGCUCGUGUGCCCAGCCGAGGACCUGCCCCAGCAGAACCCAGCAGGACCCUCGGCUCCCGCCACCCGCAGGACCUCACUGCUCAGACUCACAGAGCUAGAGUCUCACUGCUAGGGGGCAGGCCCUGGGAUGGUGCCUGUGAGCCUGGCCGUGGGGAUGGAGCCUGGCCGUGGGGAUGGCUGUAGAGGGGACAGGGCAGAAGCAGCCCCAUGUGCUUCCCUGCCCCCACCUGGAGUGGAUAAGACAAGAGGGGUAUUUUGGAGUCCACUUGCUGAGCUGGAGGCCUCCCACUCCAACUUUUCAGUUCAGGGGUUGUUGAACAGAUGUGAAAGGCCAGUGCCAAGAGUGUCCCUCUGAGACCCUUGGGAAGCUGGGUGGGGGCUGGCGGGUGGGGCGAGACUUGCUGGCUUCGGGCCCUCUCACCCUUCAUUCCAUUAAAUCCACAUUCUUCCCACU